UAUUGGUCUAAUUUGUUUAUUCAAUCCUUGGGCCGGGGUUGGAGUCUUCAACCUCACCUUAACCCCUUUUUCUCCCUUUCUUUUUUGUUUAUUACCUUAUCUCUUUCCCAUCCAUUUAGCUACCUAGCUAGGGUUGUUAAUUUGUUGGAUGACGAACCGGUGGUGGGCGGAGAGCGGCGGCGGUCUACCUGAGGCUGCGGGGCUGGACUCGAUCAGGAAACCGGAUCUGAGCGAGAGCGAGGAGGCCAAGGAGGGGGCGGUGGAGGCGCCGGCGCGGCGGGCCAGGGGGAGGCCGGCGGGGUCGAAGAACAAGCCGAAGCCGCCGAUCUUCGUCACGCGCGACAGCCCCAACGCGCUGCGGAGCCACGUGCUCGAGGUGGCCAGCGGCUCCGACGUGGCCGACUCCAUCGCGCAGUUCGCGCGGCGCAGGCAGCGGGGCGUCUGCGUGCUCAGCGCCAAUGGAGCAGUGGCCGACGUCACCCUCAGGCAGCCCUCCGUCGCGCUGCCCGGCCGCUUCGAGAUACUGUCCCUCACCGGAUCGUUCCUGCCGGGGCCCUCGCCGCCAGGGUCCACGGGGCUGACCGUGUACCUGGCUGGCGGGCAGGGGCAGGUGCUGGGGGGCAGCGUGCUCGGGGCCUUGGUGGCCGCGGGGCCGGUCAUGGUGAUCGCCUCCACCUUCUCGAAUGCGGUGUACGAGAGGCUGCCGCUCGGGGAGGACGAGGAGGGGGAGGAGGAAGCUGCGGUGGAGCAAGGUGGGAUGCAAGGUGAAGUAGGUGGGUAUAAUAAUAUGGCGCCGGGCUUGCUUCAUAAUGGUGGACAAAUGAGCAAUGAAAACUAUGCUAAUUGGAGUCAUGGCCGCAGUCCAUACUAGGUAAUUCAUUGUUGUUAUUAAGUGUGUGUGUGUGUGACUUUGAUUAGUUCAUAAUGUAAUUUGCAAUCCAUGUCAUGUGUUUUGAUUUGAUAAAUUGGAGGGGAAUGUAUCAUAGCAAUUUAGUUAAAUUGAGGUUUGUAUGUGAAUAAUUUGCCAUCAAGAAACGCUUAAUUGGCCUCU